UUCAUGAAAAACUGGGUAAUCAUAAAUUAGCUAGGGGUGAAAAUGUGCGUUUGCAUCAGCUACCUCUUAUAUCAUAAAAAACUUCCCAAGAAUAUAUAGGUGCAUAAUAGAAAAGGUAUACCAACCAGUAGUUGCACACCAAACUUCACAUAUAUGCUUGCAUUCUAAGAUAACACUUGCUCUUCUAAAACAAUAAAGGAACAGCAUAAAAAACACUAGAAGAUGGCAAAGGUGUUCCAUCAUUAUCAUCUUCAUUCAGCAGCCUCAAUGAUCAAGACGAUACAAAUUAUCGUCCCUGUUGCAAUGGCUUCUCUCCUCAUACUUGGAGCGGUACAUAUCUGUCUGGAUAACCUUAGAAACAGCCAGUUUCGCCCCCUUGGACAGUCUUCGCGAAAUGGAUUUCUUGGAGCGCCUAUAAAUGUCUCUGCAGAUGAGACUAUUGAACAUGGAUGCAAUGUGUUUGAAGGGAAAUGGGUAUGGGACAAUGUGAGCCAUCCUCUUUAUACCGAAGAGAGCUGCCCCUAUUUGGUGAAACAGGUCACUUGCCAAAGAAAUGGGCGGCCUGAUUCCUUCUAUCAAAACUGGAGAUGGCAACCAAAAGGUUGCACACUACCAAGGUAUUUCAAGCAGCACACACGCACACAAUGAAUGUGAGAGAGAGAGAGAGAUUAUGGUAAAGAUACAAAUCCUAGCUAGUAAAUCAUUGAUAAACCCAGCACACAAAACUGAAUCUUUCAUCUGUUGACACUCAAGGUCGACAAGUACCUAUUUAAAUAGUGUGCUUAGAAUAGAUAUGUACAAAUUUCUUAUGCACAUUGGAUCAACAAGACAGGAUCAGUAACCUGUGUACACAAUUUUCUUGAUAACCACCGUCUUAUGCAGAAAUUUUUGUUAUGGGGGCCAAACCCGCACUCUAAUGCCGGUUCCGGAUUGAGUAUGAUAUACAAGCUUUCAGAAGAUAUAAAUCUUUAUAACCGUAAAACUUAUUCCCCAAGAUUGUUUGAAGUAACUGACUAAAAUCUCUUGUUUUGUGGCUUUGCAUGAAUUUUACUUGAAGUGAAAUUUAACUUUUAAAACCGGUUUCUUGUUUUGUGAAGACAAAUGUUCUUGAAAUAGGACUUUUUUAGCAUGGAAGUAGUAGACUCAACCUUAAUGUUGAGUUUAAACAAGAUCUUUCCAAGAAGCUACUUUGAGGUAUAUAUCAGGCCUCAGGAGCACAUAGCACUUGAUAGUGAAAAAUAAAUGAAAAUUGAAUUGGUAAUAUGAUUAUACCUUGCUUCGGGUAUCUGACCUCAUUGUGUUAGGAUUAAGGAUGUGUAUGUUGUUGAUGACUUGUGUUACGAGGUGCCACAAUUCCUUUUCAGGUACAAUGCUUUGAAGAUGUUGGAGAUGCUUAGGGACAAAAGGCUGAUGUUUGUAGGGGACUCAUUACAGAGAGGAAUGUUUGAGUCAAUGGUCUGUCUAGUUGAGUCUGCAAUCCCAGAAGGAAGGAAAUCUCUUGAAAAAGUGCCCCCUAGAAAGAUUUUCAAGAUUGAGGAUUUCAAUGCAACAAUAGAGUACUACUGGGCUCCCUUCCUAGUAGAGUCCAUCUCAGAUCAGGCAACAAAUCACACUGUAUCGAAAAGAAUGGUGAAGCUAGACUCCAUUGAAGCACAUAGCAAGCAAUGGGAAGGAGUGGAUAUACUAGCAUUUGAAAGCUAUGUUUGGUGGAUGAGCACACCCUUGAUUAAUGCAACAUAUGGGUCAACAGACAAUGUCAAGGAAUUUGAUGUGACUAUUGCAUAUAGACUGGCAUUACAGACAUGGGCAAGUUGGAUAGAAUCUAGCAUAAACCCUGAGAGGCAGAAGGUUUUCUUUGUCACCAUGUCUCCUACACAUUUGUGGAAAUGGGAAUGGAAGGCUGGAAGUGAUGAUGGGAACUGCUUCAAUGAAACACACCCAAUUCAAGGGCCAUAUUGGGGAACAGGUUCCAAUCUUAAUAUAAUGGAAGCAGUGAGAGAGCUUACAGAAAAGCUACAUGUUAACGUAAGAAUGCUAAAUAUCACCCAAUUGUCUGAGUACCGCAAAGAUGCACAUACAUCAGUCUUUGGAGAACGAAAAGGAAAGCUCUUGACAAAAACACAAAAAUCGGAUCCCAAAAAUUAUGCAGACUGCAUCCACUGGUGCUUACCAGGAUUACCAGACACAUGGAAC